UUUAAUCGAUAUCGACUCAGCCCUCAGCACUUCCGACUCAGCCCUUAGCACUUCCGAAUCUCUCUCACUUCGGCUGGGCGGCCACAUUUAAAAAAAAAAAUUACUCUGGUUAAAGCCAUAAGAAAACCUACGUUUCAACCUUAAGCAAUUGAUUGUGGAACUUGAAUAAUAUGACUUCAUUUACAUUAAACUUUUUAUUAGUAAUAAUUAGCUUGUAUUCUCCAUCCAAAGCCGUUGAGUAUUGUGAUCAAGGAAGAGGCGAAUGCAAAGAAAUGUCUGCCACGGGAUGUUCGUAUUUGUUCUACAAUCAACACAUUAUUGGAGCAGGCAUUAAAUAUUGCGAUGAAGAAAACAACAUUGUUUGCUGCCCCCUGCCCCUAAACUUGCAAAAGAGGCCCAUUUCACCGUCAGAUGUUAAGCUGAAGAGAUUCGAAAGGGCCGUUGAGUAUUGUGAUCAAGGAACAGGCGAAUGCAAAGAAAUGUCUGAAUGUUCGUUUUUGUUCGACAAUCUACAUAUAAUUGAAGCCGGCAUUAAAUAUUGCGAUAAAAAAAACGACAUUGUUUGCUGCCCCCUGCCCCUGAACUUGCAAAGGAGGCCCAAUUCACCGUCAGAUGCUAAGCUGAAGAGAUUCGAAAGGGAAUGUUUGCGGUAUAAUCAGCUGCGUCGUGAUUGCGGAUCAACUCCCUUAAUUUUGGGCGGUUCCAAGGCAGCAGGAAAAGAAUUUCCCUUUAUGGCACGACUGGGACGACGUAUACCUGGCAAUUCGGAGAUUAAAUGGGAAUGUGGUGGCACUUUAAUUCAUCCCAAAUUUGUGUUAACCGCUGCCCAUUGCCUUUUUACUGCCGAAACAAAGGAACAGAUCUUGAAUUUGACCUAUCCUUGUCCUAAAUUUGUAGUGCGUUUGGGUGAAUUGGACUUUAAUAGCACUACAGAAGAUGCACAGCCUCAGGAUUUUGGAGUGGCCAACUAUGUGCCGCAUCCAUCAUAUGAUGAAGGUGAUGACGAGAGUCGUCAUCAUGACAUUGCCUUGAUCGAGUUAUUACAAGAGGCUACUAUCAAUGAGUAUAUUUCACCAGCCUGUUUGCCUUCCAGCUCUGGUGAUGAUCAUAAUCAAUUUAUGGCCACUGGUUGGGGUUUCACCCGAAAUGCAGGACAUCCAUCCAUGCAUCUUCUCAAAGUGAGUCUGGAACGUUUCACAUAUCCCAUAUGCCAAGAGAGAAUCGAAUUUAAUAUUGAUGUACGCACACAAUUCUGUGCUGGAUCACAUAAUCAAAGUGGCAUAGAUACCUGUAAUGGAGAUUCCGGUGGACCAAUGUUUGUUCAACAUCCGAAAUACAAUUGCCUCAAACAGGUUAUAGGCAUCACUUCCUAUGGUUUGCUAUGUGGUGAAAAAGGUUUACCCAGUGUCUAUACCAAAGUUCAUUUGUUUAACUCCUGGAUUGAGAACAUCAUUUGGGGUGAAUAAUAUAAGUAUUCUAAUUCAUGUCGAAUUUUGGCACAUUUUCGAAGAGUUUUUUUAAAAUAUUUCAUAAAUAAAAUGUGGUCGAAAUUGACCUUUAUGAA